GUAAAUACUUAAAAUUUAUAUUUAAACAAACAAAGUUAUAUUAAAAUAAAAACACAACAAUCAAAAUGAUAAAUAUACACAGUCAAUUUGGUAUCCACAGUACUGCCGGAGCUGUCCCAGUUCGAAAUGAAAAAGGUGAAUUGUCUAUGAAAAAAGUUAAAGUCCAGAGAUAUGUAUCUGGCAAACGACCUGAAUAUGCUCAAAGUGAAACUUCUGAAGAAGAGUCUGAGACUGACGAUUUUAUUGAUAAUAAAAACAAUUAUCGUCAAAAAAGAUCAGAAGAUGCUUUGCAAGAACAAGAAGAAAUUCCUGAAACAAUUGAUGACCAAGAUCCAGAUGAUCCACGGCUCAGAAGAUUAACAGCUCGUAAAAAUGAUGUUGCGUUUACUGAAGAAAGAGGUGAAAGAAGAAGACAUAUUGCUGAACCUGAGAUUCUAGAUGAGGGUGAACCUGAAAUUGAAAAAGAAGAGGUAAUUCCAGAGACUGUUGAAAUUUUAGAAAGAAGACCAAUUAGAUUAGACAGUGGUUCAGAUCGAGGCGGCAGCACAGAUGAAGAAGACCUAAGUGAUGAUGAAAUUGAAAGGAGACGUAGAGCUCUUCGAGAGCGUAUGUUGGCUAAAAGGAGAGCUGAAGAAGAAGCAGCUGCAGCAGCAGAAGCUGCAGAGAAAGAUUCAGAUAGCUCUGGAUCAUCCUCUGAGAGUUAUGAAGAAUAUACUACUGAUGAAAGUGAUGAUGAUGAAGAAAAUGAAACUGGGCCUCGUCUGAAACCUGUCUUUGUUAGUCGUAAGGAUAGAGUUACUUUAAUUGAACGAGAAAAGGAAGCACAAAAGCAAAAGCAAUUAGAGCAAGAGGCCAAACGUCAUGCUGAGGAGCGUAAACGGCAAACUUUAAGAAUGGUUGAAGAAAGCAUUAGGAAAGAUAUUCAAGAAAGCAAGAAUUCAACUACAGAUCCACGCUUGGAAGAUGUUAAUACAGAUGAUGAUAAUGAUGAAUUGGAAUUUGAAGCUUGGAAAUUGAGAGAAUUAAAACGUAUUAAAAGAGAUCGUGAAGAAAGAGAAAGGAUGUUCUUAGAAAAACAGGAAGUUGAAAGAAUUAGAUCAUUAACUGAAGAGGAAAGAAGGCAAGAACUUAGAGCUAAGCCUAAAGUUAUCACCAAUAAAGCUGUUAAAGGAAAAUACAAGUUUUUACAAAAGUACUAUCAUCGUGGUGCCUUCUAUUUGGAUGAAGAAGAUGCUGUGUACAAGCAGGACUUCAGUGGAGCAACAUUGGACGAUCACUUUGACAAAACUGUUUUGCCAAAGGUUAUGCAAGUUAAAAACUUUGGUCGUUCUGGACGUACUAAAUACACUCAUUUAGUAGAUCAAGACACAACACAGUUUGACUCACCCUGGAUAACUGAUACAGCACAAAGUAUGAAAUUUGUGAAUAAUCAGGCAGCGGGUAUGAAACAAAUAUUUGAAAAACCUUCCAUGAAGAAAAAACAUUCAUGAGAAAACUAAAUAAUUGUGUACAUAUAUUUAAUAUUUUUAAGU